GUUGCUGCUGCUGCACACGAGCGGGGCGGCUCGCCGACUGUGCACUCGAACCAGAACCACAAGUCCAGCAGUAACUGGCGACCAUGGGUGUGGAGAAGGAAAAGUCGGACACGAGCAUCGUCAUGGACGAGGACGAGUUCAACAGGUCUAUCGAACCCAUCCUGUCUCGGAAGGGGCACGUGUUCGCGUCCCCGCACGAAGUCCGAGACCCCGACGACGUCAACGCUCACCUCAAGGUGGGCUUUGAAGAUGUCAUCGCUGAGCCGGAGUCCGCUCGGACCGUGGACGGGGUGUGGAUUUGCAGCCACGCCACAUUUGAGGUGGUCAAGUUGGGCCUCUACCGGCUUCUCGGGGCGCUCCUGGCCGUGCCCCUUGCCUUUCUCCUCGGACUCGUUUUCGCUGUGCUCAGCCUCAUACACAUCUGGCUGGUGAUGCCCAGCAUCCGGAGCUUCAUGGUGGUGCUGCCGUCUCUGCAGGUGGUGUGGAGGAGCCUGACAGACUCGUUUGUCAUGCCGUUCUUUCGCAGUCUUGGCCGGAGCUUGUCCACCGUCCACGUCCAACAUGUGGAGCAAUAAAUCCCGACUGGGCGAAGACCCACACAAGAUGGAGUCUCUGUAGAGAUGUUGCCAAUAUGGACGUGUUCGACCUUUGAGGACAAUGGCAGAAAGGUUUCCACCAAGGUCCAUGAGCCAUAGCUUGGGGUCCACAAAAUCAUUUGUAACCCUUUAUUAUGUGAUAUCAUUUUAACAAGUGCAUACCUUCAUAUCGUGAGCCACAUUGCAUACUGUAGUUGCUUUUCGGCAAUUGUGCUACUAAGCUAGCUAUAUUUAUAUGACAUAGCCACAUAAAUAUUGGACAUCCGUGCAUGAAUAAAGUCAGUGUUUACUUUUUAAUACAGGAAUAAAGUCCUUUUUCGUCCUUUUUCUGGUCGAGUCUUGGAAAAACUUCAACGCCUAGGAGAACACGAGGUAGUUAUGCUUAACUGUAAAAAAACAAUUGUCAGAAUUAGGAAGCCUUGAAACGUUGACUUUCAUCAUGAUAUUACGACUAAGUAACAUAUGAUGUAAUUCUCAUACGAUAAAAUUAUGUCUUGACAAAAUAAGUUAAUUUACAAGUAAAAACCUCUCGACACUAAACAUGUCCAAUUUGUGCUCACUUCAACUGUUUGGAUCCCAGAUUUUGUUGUUUUCAUGUAGUUUGACUUUGUAUGAAAAUAGGGACAAAACAAUUGGGCAUCCCAAUACUUGUGUCCAUGCGAUAUCUUCUAAUGAAGAUGAGCGAGACAUAAUUACAGUCAUCUUAUGUUUAUUGUAUAAAUAUUGUAAGACGAACGGGGGAAAAGACGCAAGCUUGUCGCACUUUCACUGGCUGUUUUUCCUUGAUUCAGAAUAUCAAACUAAUAUCAAUAAAGAUUGUUAUUGUGU